AUGGAAACGCGGGGCCGCAAGAGGAAGAGGGACAUGGAGAUGAGGAGCCCUUUCUCCAAGCUCUGCGACGACCUCCUCGUCGAGAUCAUCUCCCGCGUGCCCUUCAAGUCCACCCGUUGCUGCAAGUGCGUCUGCAGGCGAUGGUGCGACGUCGUCUCCCACCCCGACCACCGCAACAAGCUGCCCCGGUCAACCCUUUCCGGCUUCUUCUACAAAACCGGCAAUCUGUGUUGCCGAGUUAUGAACCGUCAUUACGAAAGCUUAACAGGGAACUGGUGCCCUGAUAUCGACCCCUCCUUCUCGUUCCUACCCAAGUACAGGCUUUGUGACGUUCACAUUGACAUGUUGGACUGUUGCAAUGGCCUCCUGCUCUGCCGCCGACAACAACGACAACCGUACGCCAGUGAUUACAGGACAACGGAUUAUGUGGUGUGCAAUCCGACCACUAAGAGAUGGGUUUCCGUGCCUGGCACCAUCUUGUCCAGCAAGGUGCUGGUCGCUCGCCUGGGAUUCGACCCCAUCGUAUCCUCCCACUUCCAUGUUUUUGAGUUUGCACCAGCAGCUGAGCGUGUGAGUAUGCAGCUGCGUGUUCAUGCUCGUACCAAACCACUGGGGAUCUACUCUUCCAAAGCUGGAGUAUGGACACAUCCGGACAAUUGGAAAUGUCCAAUUGAAAUAGACAGAUAUUCAAGUAGCACAUUCUUCAGAGGGCUGCUAUAUUUAUCAUCCUGUGCUAAUAAGGUUGCAGCCGUCGACAUGGAGGGAAAUUGUAGGGUCAUCAAUAUUCCUACGUCAGACGGUUCUUGUGUGGCUCGUGAUGUUUAUGUAUCACAGGGACAACUGUAUUUUGUAAUCUCUAGUGCUUCUGAACUAUCAAUAUGGGCUCUAGAAGCUUCCAGCACUGAAAAUUGGACAUUAAAGCACAAUGUCAGCCGUCUGAAAUUGUUUGGAGACGAGGAGUCAUCGAACUACGAUGUUAUCAUCCACCCAGAGUACAAUGUCAUAUUAAUACUAUGUACAAGAUUCUACUCGACAACUAGAACCUUCACGGAAAUAAUGUCAUACGACAUGGAUUCUAGGGAGCUGCAUUCUGUAAGUGAUCUUGGACAUGACUGCAAGAGUCCUUAUCUCCCAUAUGUCCCUUUGUUCUCACAUUCAUUGGCAGAUGGAGAAUAG